GGUAACUACACACGAAGUCCAAGCAAAAUCGCCGACCCUCUCCCGUCUCCGUCUCCGCGAUUCAUUUCCCGGCGGCUCAGAAAUCUCCCAAAAGUCGCCGGUAAACUCUACUCCGCAUCUGAAUCCCCAGUGAUACAACUACGCCUAUUCAAACACAUGUGCACACAGUAGUAUCUUUGCAGUGUUAGCGUACUGCGCAAUCAUCGAAUGGCUCAGUACAGGCAAUCUGGUUACAGUAAUGGCGGCGGAGGAGGAUUAGCUAGGAACGGCGUCGCGUCGAAUCACGUGUCGAUUGCGGUUCGGUCCUCUGCGCACAAGCAGCAGCAGCAGCAGCAAUCGCGGCUUCUCCAUGGCCACCACCGCCGGCUUAAGAGCAACAAAAUCUCGGUCGGCGGUAUCAUUGUCAUCCUCUCCCUCUGCUUUGUCGUCUCCGUCAUCGCUUUUCUAUACUUCACUUCCCAAAAUAAAGAAUUUGAUAAUAGUCAUGCACAGGAUGCUGACAUUGAAAAUGAUACCGAUUUUCUUACUAAUGUGACAAGAAUACGAAGACAAAAAGUCCAUUUUGGACAUGGAUCGGUUCAACAUGGCAGGGAUUCCCGGGGUUGGGACAGGGAUGACAGAACCAGAGAUGAUAGUUACAGCGAAGAGGAGUUGGAGAGGAGUCUUGAUGGUUCUUUGGAUAAACUCCAUUCUCCUCCAAAGGGCAAGAAUACUGAUAAGAAAUCUUCAAGUACUGAAUCUCAUAGAGGUUUGGAUUAUAGGGGCAAAGGUUUAUAUGGUGAAUCCGGGCGUGAUGAACUGAAAGCAUAUGAAGCUGAAUAUCAGGCCUCUUUGAACAAUAUUGGACAAUCACAACAGGGAUAUAGUGCUAAGAACAACCAUCCAUCUGAUUCUGAUAAGGGAAAGAAGACUGAGACUGUAGACAUUGAUGAUGCAUAUGAUGAUGGCAUUGAUUUAGAUGAUACGAAUGCAGAAGGAUAUGAUGAGGUGGGCCAUGAAGAUGAGGACCAUCCUGGAGCUGUUGACAGAGAUGAAAUACAUCCUUUUGAUAUACAUGAUGAUGGGGCCAAGAACAAAAAUAGUGCCGUAGAGGUUGGUAAAGGUGAACUCAUUUCAAGCACUCAACAUUCUAAAGGUAAUUUGAAUGCAAGAAAUGAUAGACACUCUGGAAGAAGGUCUACAUCUGAAAAGCGGCUGGCUUCAAGGAAGAAGUCAAAGCGGCGCCCCUGUGAGAUGAAACUUUUGAAUUCUACUGAACUGCUUGUAGAACCUUUAGAAAGCCGAAAAUUUGCAAGAUUUUCCUUGCAGUAUACUGAAAGAGAACAUAAGCCUGUUGAAGUUGAAAACUGGGAACCAAGAUUUGCUGGGCAUCAGUCUCUAGAAGAAAGAGAAGAAUCUUUUCUUGCACAAGAUCAGAAAAUAAACUGUGGCUUUGUCAAAGGUCCUGAAGGAGCUCCAUCUACAGGCUUUGACUUGGCAGAUGAUGAUGCAAAAUACAUUAGCAGUUGCCACAUUGCUGUUGUUUCAUGUAUAUUUGGAAAUUCAGAUCGCUUGAGGAUGCCAGUAGGCAAACUGGUUUCUCGUUUUUCAAGGAAAAAUGUUUGCUUUGUUAUGUUUGUGGAUGAAGUUACUAUACAGACCCUUUCUUCAGAAGGCCAGAUGCUGGAUAGCAUGGGCUUUAUUGGUUUAUGGAAAAUUGUGGUGGUGAAAAAUUUGCCUUACGAUGAUAUGCGGAGAGUGGGAAAGAUACCAAAGUUUUUGUCGCAUAGACUUUUUACUUCAGCCAGGUAUUCAAUUUGGUUGGAUAGCAAGUUGCGACUGCAGCUUGACCCUGUUCUUAUAUUGGAAUAUUUUCUUUGGCGGAAGGGUCAUGAAUAUGCUAUUUCCAAUCACUAUGAUCGGCACUGUGUUUGGGAAGAAGUGGCUCAAAACAAGAAACUUAACAAGUACAAUCAUACAGUCAUAGAUGAGCAAUUUGAGUUCUACCGGGCUGAUGGCUUAAAACGAUUUGAUGCUUUAGAUCCUGAGAAGCUACUUCCUAGCAAUGUACCUGAAGGUUCUUUUAUUUUGAGAGCUCACACACCUAUGUCAAACUUAUUUUCAUGCCUUUGGUUCAAUGAGGUUGACCGGUUUACCCCUCGUGAUCAGCUGAGUUUUGCAUAUACAUACUUCAAACUAAGAAGGAUGAACCCUGAGAAACCUUUUUAUCUCAAUAUGUUCAAGGACUGUGAGAGGCGAAAGAUAGCUAAAUUAUUCCAUCACCGAUCAGAGGAAAGGAGGAAGAUUAUCUCCCAACUUGAGACAGAGUAGACUUGGGAAAUACACAAGGUUUUGGUGGAUAGUUCAUUUUCUGUGUUGUAUUCAUAAUGACGCUAUAACGGGGAUUGCUUCCAGUUGAUACAAUUCACCAACACGCUACAAAGUUGCAAUUAUGUGAAAUACUUCAUUGUAUGUUGGCAAUCUUCUCUGGAAAGGGUUCCUUGUCCAGCUGUACUUAGACAAGUUUGUACUGUGACUUGUACUGACUUGGCUGGUUCGCUCUGGAGCUCCAUUCUAGCGUUAGAGUUUCAUCCAUUGCCUUCUGCUUGCAAGGUGAAGCGCCCCUGUACCCUCACAUGUAUUUAUAAAUGUGAUAGUUCCAGGUAUAGAAUGUAUUCUUUCCUGUACAAACCGGGUGCCGAAUGAACUGUUCCUUUAUUAAUUUUGAUGGCGUUUUCUACUCUGCUUUUAUGAAGUCGAGAACUAUCUCCUUUUGUAUCUCAUGUCAUUCACUGAACUAAACGUGCCAGAAAUAUCACCUUGUUAGUUCGGAAA